AUGGCUGUUGAGGCAUAUGAUGCUCAAAAGUUGAUGGAUGAUAUGGAGGAUGAUGAUGAUCAGCAAUUAAUUUUCAAAAGGAGUAGCUCUUCUAGAAAGCAUAACCAAUCAACCUCGGAAGCUAAGAAAUCGUUAUCUCAGAAACCUAAUCGACAGCCUGCGCAGGAUGUACGAUCUCAGAAUGGUCAAUCUGCGAUUGCUCAGAAGAGCAAGAUGGUCCCUUUGUCCAAGUCACCUCCUGUUAAAUCUCCUCUGUCUAGCCCAAAACCAAAUAAAUCUUAUGACAAAGGAUUAGCAGUUAAUUCUUCUUUGGUUGAUGUGAAACCUUCCAGUUCGAGUAUAGACGAGUCAAGUGCUGUUAAGCGCCAGAUUAAAGACGAGAAGCCAUCGACUGAAACCAAUGAGGACUCAGAUGAUUCUGAUGAUGACAAACCACUUAGUGCUAGGCUUUCGGCUAGCUUUUCAAAGGUCAAUGCUAACCAUGUGAAUACGAAAAAGGUUUCUGAUUCUUCAACUUCGAGUAAACAGCUUAAGAUCCCCAAACCUGAAGAUUCAGAUGAUGAAAUGCCAUUGUCUUCUAGAUUUCAAGUUAAGUCUAAUGCUGGAUUAUCCAAUCGUGGAUCUCAGAAUCCUGUUGAGAGGAAACCGUUGUGCAGAUAUGAGCAAAAUGGAUCAGCCUCAACAGAAAGAAAUCCUUCAACUAAUUUGAAGAAGAGGCCUGGAGAUGAAGGAAAAGCUGCAAGUGAAUCUCAUCUAAAGAAACCCAAGUUUUCUGGCACAUCUACACAUAAUUGUAAAGAGACAUCUGGUAAAGCUAAAAUAAUGGAAGAAGACGAUGAGGAUCAUAUCCCAAUAUCACAUCGAAUGAAGAAGUCGUCUUCCACAGACCAGAAAGCAUCAGCACUGAAAAAGAUGACUAAACCUAUAGCUACAAUAUCAAAGAAGACAAAUAUGAAACCAAAGAAGAUUAUUAAUAAGUCAAAGUUUUCGAAGUCAUUCACAGUUCCUCCAGGCUCUGGUGGAGGGCAGAAGUGGACUACGUUGGUUCACAAUGGUGUGAUCUUUCCACCCCCGUACAAACCACAUGGGGUUAAGAUGCUCUACAAGGGCAAACCUGUUGACCUGACUCCAGAACAAGAAGAGGUCGCAACAAUGUAUGCGGUGAUGCUUGAUACUGAUUACAUGACUAAACCUCAGUUCAAAGAGAACUUCAUGGCCGACUGGCAGAAGAUACUUGGAAAGAAACAUGUUAUUCAGAGCUUGGAACACUGUGAUUUCUCUCCGAUAUACGAAUGGCAUCUGAAAGAAAAGGAGAAGAAGAAACAAAUGACUAGUGAGGAGAAGAAAGCUUUAAGAGAGGAGAAACAGAAGCAAGAAGAAAAGUAUACGUGGGCUAUUGUUGAUGGUGUGAAAGAGAAGGUGGGAAACUUCAGGGUUGAACCACCUGGGUUGUUCCGAGGCCGUGGCGAACAUCCAAAGAUGGGAAAGCUGAAAAAGCGAAUUCGCCCAAGUGAUAUCACCAUAAAUAUUGGAAAGGAUGCACCAAUUCCUGAGUGUCCCAUCCCUGGUGAAAGCUGGAAAGAAAUCAGGCAUGACAAUACGGUUACAUGGUUGGCAUAUUGGAAUGAUCCCAUUAAUCAGAAAGAAUUCAAAUAUGUUUUCUUGGCAGCAAGCAGUAAACUGAAAGGACAGAGUGACAGAGAGAAAUAUGAGAAAGCUCGGCGCUUAAAGGAUUAUAUUCAUGGCAUUCGAGCAACUUAUACCAAGAACUUCACUAGUAAAGAUUCGACUAAGAGGCAAAUAGCUGUUGCAACCUAUCUUAUUGAUAAGUUAGCUCUUAGGGCUGGAAAUGAGAAGGAUGACGAUGAAGCCGAUACGGUUGGUUGCUGCACAUUAAAGGUCGAAAAUGUUGAACCAGUGCCUCCAAAUAUCUUGAAGUUUGAUUUCCUGGGUAAAGAUUCAAUAAGGUAUCAAAAGGAAGUGGAGGUUGAGACUCCCGUGUUCAAGGCAAUCCAAGAGUUUCGAAGUGGGAAAAAGGGCAGUGAUAAUUUAUUUCAUGAACUUGAUACCAGUAAAUUAAAUGCUCAUUUAAAGGAACUAAUGCCUGGUCUUACCGCCAAAGUCUUCCGUACAUACAACGCAUCUAUUACAUUGGAUGACAUGUUGAGCAAGGAGACAAAAGGUGGAGAUGUUGCUCAGAAAGUUGCUGUUUAUCAGAAUGCAAACAAAGAGGUUGCAAUCAUUUGUAAUCAUCAACGUGCGGAUCCAAAGAGCCAUGGUGCCCAGAUGUUAAAAUUGAACGAAAAGAUAGAUGAAGCAAAGGCUCUUCUCGAGGAACUGCAGAUAGACCUGAUCAGGGCAAAGAAAGGGAAGCCACCGGCAAAGAGUGCUGAUGGUAAAACAAAGAGGAAUUUGACUCCAGAAGCAUUAGAGCGGAAGAUAGCUCAGAGCAUGGUGAAGGUUGAAAAAAUGGAACGGGACAAGAAGGUGAAAGAGGAUAUGAAGAAUGUGGCGUUGGGUACGUCUAAGAUUAACUACAACGAUCCCAGGAUCAGUGUUGCAUGGUGCAAACGCCAUGAAGUUCCUAUUGAAAAGGUUUUCACCAAGUCUCUUCUUGCGAAGUUUGUUUGGGCAAUGGAUGUUGAUCCUGAUUUCAGAUUCUAA